AUGCAACUCGAGUAGGUAUACAUUGCCUAGCGUUUAGUGAUUUUAAAAGAUUCAAAGAUUCCUUUAAACAUUGAUGCUGUUUCUAUUUAAAACUUCUUGAAUUAAUAAUAAACCAGGUAUGAAAAACUCACGUGCUUGAACGAAGUCGUCACACAGUGCACUGAUGAUAGAUUCAGUUUUAUUAUAGGUACUGCUGAUUUCAAGUGCAAAAAUAAGUAAUUCACUCUUGCAUAGUACUGUGUUGAUUUGCUCUUUACUAAGGCAAGAUAAUCAUUGGUGUUUGGUACUGACUAGUGCAAGCUUAUGGUAUCAGCUUUUAUCAUUAUGAAUUCUCUUAUGAGUGAACAAGCAAGCCAAAUCGAUGUGGUAUUCCUAAGUGGCGGAUUCUCCUUUAUAUGUUUCACUGCUACACCUACCAUGAGUGAACUUGAGCUCAAGAUUGAAGAACAGUUCAAGUUCAUGUAAUACUCAUACUCCUUAUUUUAUGCUGCUGUUAUUGAUAAACUUAAACCAUUCAUGGUUGAUGUAGCAUUCAAAGUAACCUCACUAGAAUAGAAAGCUGCUCACUUAAGAGCUAGCCAAGUUAUCAUCAGUGCUAGUCUACUGUAAUAAUCACUCACAAAAGCAAUCGUCACUGCUGGUAUUCCUUCUGUUGUUAUUACAGGUGAUAUUGAUUAGAAAUGCCAACGCCAACUAGACAAGAUGAAUACUAUUACUCAGCUUUACGAUAUCAUUGUGUAAAUGACAACAUUGGGAACGCUAUUAUUCAGAGCUUCAACAGAGUGGGAAGAUUUGGAGACAAAUGUAGCAGAGAGACCUUUGAAGAUGUCUAAAUCAUAGUCACUGUAGCAGAGAAAAAUUAUCUGUUUAGCACUUCAAGCUCUUAACACUCUUGAAAAAGAGCUAGUAGUUCUCAAGCCAGUAACUACUAUCUUUAAGAGCUAGCUAAGUACUAAAAAAUAUACACAACUUCUUGGGCAAGGAGCCUGA